GCUGCUUAAGAGCCCGGCGGGGUCGGGGGCCCCGGGGAAGCCCCGCUCCCCGGCCUGCCAGGGUGGGGGGACGGACAGGGGCCGCCAGCGUCGCUUCCCCGCGGGCUCCGCUCGGCGCCACCUCCGCCUCGUCUCGGCCGCGCCACGGCUCCGCUUGGGAGGCGCGCGCGCGCGCCGCCGCUUCCCCCGGAGCCGGUUCAUCGGAAGGGGCAAAAGCCGCUGCCGCCGCCGCGUGAAGACCGCGAUGCCCGGCUCGGCCUCAGCUCCACCGCCGCCCGGGGGGACGUGGCUCGCGCCGGCGCCCUAGCCCCCGGCACCGCCAGGCCAGGCGGGUUGGCGGGCAGCGGCGGCCGGCUCUGCAGCCUUGCAUGGUUUCUAGGAGGAAGGCAGAGCAAUGUCCCGGCUGUCUCUGACACGGUCCCCAGUUUCUCCCAUUGCUGCUCAAGGAAUUCCUCUGCCUGCCCAGCUCACCAAAUCUAACGCCCCGGUGCAUAUUGAUGUAGGAGGUCACAUGUAUACCAGCAGCCUAGCAACUUUGACCAAAUACCCCGAUUCCAGAAUAAGCCGCCUCUUUAAUGGCACAGAGCCGAUUGUCUUGGACAGUUUAAAACAACACUAUUUCAUUGAUCGAGAUGGUGAAAUAUUCAGAUACAUCUUGAGCUUCUUAAGAACUUCAAAGCUGCUGCUCCCGGAGGAUUUUAAGGACUUCAGUCUUUUGUAUGAAGAAGCCAAGUAUUACCAGCUGCAGCCGAUGAUCAAGGAACUGGAGCGAUGGAAGCAGGAGAAAGAGCAACAGAAACAUUUCCAGCCCUGUGACUGCUUGGUGGUGAGGGUGACGCCGGAUCUUGGUGAGCGGAUCGCCUUGAGCGGGGAGAAGGCGCUGAUCGAGGAGAUCUUUCCAGAGACGGGAGAUGUGAUGUGCAACUCGGUGAAUGCCGGCUGGAACCAGGACCCCACCCAUGUCAUCCGCUUCCCUUUGAACGGCUACUGCCGGCUGAAUUCGGUACAGGUUCUUGAACGGUUGUUCCAGAAGGGGUUCAAUGUGGCAGCGUCCUGUGGGGGAGGCGUAGAUUCCUCCCAGUUCAGUGAAUAUGUGCUGUGUCGUGAAGACAGGAGACCACAGCCCAAUACCACCAUCAGGAUAAAGCAAGAACCCCUGGAUUAAGGACGGACUCCCUCCCUCCUUUGAGACAGUAGGUGGGUUCAAAGGUCCCUUGGGUGGAAACACUUGGGACUCCCAGGACAGUAUUAUGCAGGAGCAGCCAGCCUGUUUCCGAAGCAACCCUGUUGCAUGGCCAGCCAUGACUCUCACGUGGAAGCAAGGACAAUGACCCAACCCAGAGGUCUUUGUAUUAUCACUCAAGUCGUCAUCGCAGUGCACUUGGAAGUCUGGCGUUUUGUGGGAUUGUAUUGGCCCAUGGAAAGUAGUGAUGCUUCUGUAAAGAACUAACUGGACUGAAUUUGGUGGAAAAGACCAGUUGAUGUAAUUAAAGUAUGUCUCACUGAAGGAAUAAGCCCACCAGCUUUCUGGAGGACAGUCCCUCUGUCCUACGCAGGUGACGAGAUCUUGAUAGCUGCCAGAAGGAAGCUGGUGGUAUUCUGAGCGUCUUCCCUCAACCCUGACAGUCAUUACUUUCCUAUCUCCAUUUGUUACUCACCAUCCUUUGCUCAUUCCUUGGAUUCAUUGUAUUAUGGCUUAUUUUUCUAUGGCAGCUGUCUUAGAGGAGCCAGUUCAGGAAGGGACCAGAGCUCUUAUGGUGCUGAACCUGAUUUCAUUCUUUCCAGCCCCACAUCUUUACUGUCCUCCUUCCCCCAUGCGCAUACACAUCUCACACAGCUGCAAAUUCUAAACAAAAAGAGCUUCAAAAUCAAGUCCUUUUGCAAAAUUAUGUAGGUCCUGAGGUGAGCCCGAGUUAUGGUAUGCUGGUUUUCAUUGUCGUUAAGAACGGGAACUGGCUAAAUUGUGUCUCAAGUCACCUUUCAUUCUUCACUUGAAUUCAGUCCCCAUAUUGCCUUGACUCAUGGAAAGGGAUGAUGCCACACUGAUUGGAUGCUGUGUGUCAUCUUUUUAAAUGACACAAAAGUGUGAUGCAUUUUUUUUCUUUUGAGCAACUACUUUAAAUACUUUGCUUCCAUUCACAAAUCCUUUGGCAUCGGCAUUCUUUGAGAAAAUAAACUUGGUUUUCAAUCUCUGAGCAGUCACGACAGUUCAGAUGAUCCAGAAAAAUCUGCCCAUUUAUGCUGUGCCAUGAUUUGGUGUUGUAUGAAUUACUCUCUAGGUUGUAUUCCUUGAUUGGUCAGUUAGUGCAUCCUUCCUGACCAAAGGAACUUCAAACCUGUUGGGGCUGCCGUUUCCCAAAACCCAAUGGAUGUAACCCAUAGGAAGAGGGAUGAUGAACACAGUGUAAUUGCUAGCACUAUUUUCUUCCCCCGCUGAUUGACCGGUUUUGCAUAAAACUCAAGAAUCCAAGCCCAGGCCAACAUGCAGGAGGUGGGGAGCAUUUAUAUGCCAUGCUACAUGCUCAAAUAUUGAGGGCCUUUAGGACUUUGAAGGGUGGCUUGUCUUACAACGGUCCCCUCAAGAAAGCAGAAUUCUUGAAACAGGUAGCAUUUCAGAAGGAACUUUUAUUGGGUGACAGUUAUAGCAAAAAGAACAAGCAGGAUCUAAAGUUCCCACACUAAAAAAUUAGGCUAAAACUUGUUCGUUAAAACUACGGCUCAGUCCAACGCAGGCCAAUCACCAUUCACCCAUCUUGCCAAGGUAAGUGCUUCACUUCCUAGAAUGCACUGAAUCACAAAUAUCUAUUACUCAGCAUGGCAAAUCAGGUUGUGUGCACCUUGCAGUUGUGCAAAGUGUUUUGAGUUUUCCGAGUAAGUCCCAGUAUGUGGCUCUGCUCAAAAGAUUAAAAAAAGGAAAGGAAAUCUCCACCCCUGAUGCCUCCUGAGUAGUGUAUUGAGUGAGAAUCCAGACAUUCUCUAUCGGUUUAAUGUGGAAUCCACAUCUGGCCAAGAACCUCAGUUACUCUUCCCCCCCCCCCCCUCAAAAAUGCACUUCCCAAGAGGCACCACUGCCUGGAGGGCAAAUCAAACUGCCAAUUCAAAACAUUUAGGAGAAAAGGCAGUUUUCUUGAAUUAGUAAACCUGCUAAGAUGGAUGAAUCGCUCUAAUUGUUUGAAGUUCAAGAAAAAAGAUGUAUACCAAAAUGUGGCAGGGGCACCUAAAAUGGAACGGCCCAGGACCAAAAACCCGCCCUUAGAUUUUUGCACCCCUUGUGAAGAAUUUCAUUAAGGAAAUUUGGUAUCCCAGAAAGCUGCUGCUCUGAGCAGAAUACCCCAUUUUGAACUGACCAAGAGUCUUUUUCACAUAUUUCAUCAGCAAGAGUAAUAAUUGAAUUGCUACAAAUAGAAAUAUUUCUAUUUGCUACAAAUAGAAAUUAUCCAGCAAAUUUGGGGGUAGGGAGGAAUUUCACCAGAGUAAAGCAAAGUUCUCCCAACAAUUUAAGGACAAAACCAGUUAACUGUGAUAGGCAAGAAGGGGGGAGUGUCAAACUACAUGAUGGCAGCCAUGUAUUGCAUUUUGCAAGAGGCUGCCCCUGCAGUUUUGCUGCCCUCUGAAUGGUGCUGAAGGUC